UAAGCACUAAAGUUGCAAGAAGAAGAAGAACAUGUAUUGUUUGUAUUUUUCAUGAUUCGAGUCGAUUUGAGCACAAGUUCUUAAAAAUAUUUACAUACAAACUCGAAAUGAUAAUUUUGUUCGUUCUUAACUUCUCAUUGUAAUUUUUUUAUGAUUAACAUCGGAUCCCGUAUGUUGUGUUUCAUGUUGACAUCACAUCUGUUAACCAAAUCUUUCAAAUGUGACAGCUCCGUCGCAAAUGAACAUUAACAUCCCCAAUUUUAUAAAACACAGCAAAACAAUGCCCGAUUAUAGUGAAACAAUGUGCCGUGUCUGUUUGCAAGACUAUCGUGAAGAUUUCGAAAGUGUUUAUGUCGAUCAUGAAACAAAAUCCGAACUAUCCCCUACAGGGCUCCUGUACGAGGAGCUGUUUCAAUUGACGAUUCACAAUAAUUCAAAUCAUCCGCAACUUUUAUGCAAUUACUGCAGUUUACAAAUGAAACUGUUUCACAAGUUCAAAACAAAAGCAUUGGAAUCACACGCAAAAUUCACUCAAACCGAAAACAAAGAGUCCGUCAUGGUCAUCACUUAUUCAUAUGAACAAAAAGCUAAUGAACUUGAUGAAAAAGACAUUAAGAUCAAGUCUGAAUAUGAUUCCGUUGACAUAGAAGAAUCUGAAGUAGAUACUAGUGUGGAUGUAAUACCAUUCGAUGUAAAAGGUUUAUAUGAAAACGAAGAGGAGGAUCCCGAAGAGAGGGAAAUAGAAAGUGAAUUUGAAGAUGUACAGUAUUUAGAUGAUAUUGAAUCAGGUGACCCUACAAGAUUGGAAAUUGGAGCAGCCCACGAAUCAGUCGAUGAUGAAUAUAAGAAAUCAGAACUACGGAUAUCAACUGGUGCUUAUCCUUGCAAAAACUGCGAUAUGGCAUUCACGAAGAAAAGUGAAUUGAUUAAACAUAGAAGUGAGCAACAUAAACGUACGAAAUUCCUCUGUACUUUGUGCCCGAAAAAGUUUUUUCUUGAGGAACUCCUUGAUGUUCAUAUGAGAACACAUUACGGCCUAGCAGCUUAUGAAUGUGCUCAAUGCAAUAAAUCAUUUAAACAUAAAGCACUGUACGCCGUCCAUCUUCAAGGCCAUAGAAACGAAAGAAAUCUUCAGUGCCACUUAUGCGGUAAAAGGUUUUUAACAAAAGCCGAUUUGAAAAUUCACAUACGAGUACAUAAUGACGAGAGGCCUUACGAGUGCAAUAUGUGCGGCAAACGAUUUCGUGUUCAUUCUCACAUGGCUUAUCAUCGGUUUUCACAUUUUGGUAAGAAAUUCGAAUGUCCUGUUUGUAGGAGAAAGUACACUUCACCAGGUACCCUGAAAACACAUAUCCAAUGCGUUCAUGAGAAAACGAUGCGAUAUGAGUGUUCCAUAUGCAACAAAUUUUUCACUAGGAAGUACUAUUUAAAUGUAAUAUCCUGUGCUUCCUUCAAGUUAGUAUGAAAGCUAUGAAAUAUCUUCCAUUCUUACAGAGGCACAUUGAAAAUCAUUCUAAGGAUAGAAAUAAAGACGAAAUCGAACAAAAUACAUCUGCUGGUUGACUCUAGCGUUCUCUAAGAAAAGGAUGUCGUUCGCUUUUUAUAUAAAUUAUGUUUUCUUCU